AUGAUCCUCGGAGCGGAUGUAACUCAUCCUAGUCCAAUUCUAUGGGUUUGGAUUUCCGAGGCUGUUACACCACAAAAAGACGAGAAUUUACGUGGAGAGGGCCCCAGCAUUGCCGCUGUUACGGCAUAUUCAACAUGUCCUGCAUGGGCUACUCGAUGCACAUCCAGCCGCAAGAGAGUCGCCAAGAACUCAUCGAGAACUGGACGAAAUUCUGGCGGACAGUUGGGCAAAUUUUUCGCAACCAACAAAGUGUACCCCACCAAAAUCUUGAUGUUCCGAGACGUGUCGGAAGGAUUCUUUAAUAAGGUUAAGGAAGAGGAAUAUGAGCAAAUGAAGCAAGUGUGCCUCGAUUACGGAGAAGUUAGGAAUUCCAAAGAUCAAAAUCACCUUCGUGUUGUAAGUAAAGAAGCGGCACCACACGCGUUUUCAGCAAUGAAUGAGAAACGAGGGGUCGGAAAUAAGAACAUUCCACGGGAACGGUCGUCGCACCAAGAUUGUCAUCCCGAGAGGGAAUUUUUCCUCAACAGCCACGUCGGCAUUCAGGGAACCUCAAAACCACCGGUAUCACGUAUUCAUGACGAAACACUUUACGAUGGGCGAUUUGCAGAAGAUUACGUACUACUUGUGCUACGUAUUCGUUCGAUGCCGCAGCCCGUGUCUACCCGCGGCCACGUACUACGCCAUCUGGCUGUUUAUCGGGCCGCAUUCAUCGAGAAGGAGG